GGGUUCCUACCACCCACUCAACCCACCUCCACGCCCACCUACCCACCUACAACACGAACUUCAAUAUUCCUGGCCACUAACAGAGCCUGGUGCAGGGGCCAUGGACGAGCUGCUUGCUUCCAAUUUACCAUGGAUGGUUCUGCACCCAUGAGGGUAGAGAAAGCCACGCUCUGGGUAUGGAAGACCCAGGAUCAUGGUGAUGGUGGCACCCAGACUGUUAUUAUCAAGGAGGUAUCCCCACGUACCCAGCACAGAAUACCAGUGACACACCUGGCUACUAGCACCAGGUCAGGCUGGGUCCAGGUGGACCUGACUCACCAGGUACACAGGUGGAUGACAGGUGGCAAGACACAGCUGGAGCUACAAGUGUCCUGCCCCACCUGUCAGGGUCGACACUAUCCGGUGUCCACUCUACCAGACCACAGACCAUUUAUAGUAGUGGUCACUGAACCACAGGUACGAAAGCGGAGGUCAUCAAGAGAGUGUUCAUCACUAUGGGGUGGAGGUUGUUGUCGUCAAUCCAUCAAUGUAAGUGUGACAGAGAUGGGAUGGCAGGACUGGAUGAUCCAUCCUCGGUCCUUCACCUUCUACUAUUGUCAUGGCGCCUGUGCUGUCAGCAUACAGUCUGCCAACGCUCCAGGAACAUCACGAUAUAGCAACACUCUACAGAUGCUGGUGUUACGAGAGAGAGAGUCAUGGUUGAGACAAGCUCUAGCUCCCUGUUGUUCACCCACCAGCUACACCUCCAUGCAGGUGUUGUUCAGGUCUGGUACUGACCGGGUGGAACACAUGCAAAUACCUGACUUCCUGGUACAGUCAUGUGGCUGUAAUGGUUAGCAUAACAGUGCUUGUCACUGUAAUAUAUCUGUCCACACACCUGGGUGAUGCUGUAUGUAAUGUACAGCAGCUGUAGUCACUGUUAUUGACACUGUACCUUGAACAAUGUGCAUAACAGUGACACUGUACCCUGAACAAUGUGCAUAGCAGUGGCACUGUACCCUGAACAAUGUACAUAACAGUGACACUGUACCCUGCACAAUGUGCAUAGCAGUGGCACUGUAACCUGAACAAUGUACAUAACGGUGACACUGUACCCUGAACAAUGUAUGUACGUGACACUGUACUCAGAAUAAUGUACAUAACAGUGACAUUGUACCAUGAACAACCUGCAUAACAGUGACACUGUACCAUGAACAAUGUACAUAACAGUGACACUGCACCCUGAACAAUGUACAUAACAGUGACACUACCAUGAACAAUGUACAUAACAGUGACACUGUACCCUGAACAAUGUACAUAACAGUGACACUGCACUCUGAACAAUGUACAUAACAGUGACACUGUACCAUGAACAAUGUACAUAACAGUGACACUGUACCAUGAACAAUGUACAUAACAGUGACACUGUACCCUGAACAAUGUACAUAACAGUGACACUGUAUCAUGAACAAUGUGGAACAAAAGUACACUGAUGUGGUCAGUGUGGUAACAUAGUUAUGUAACAUGCAGUUAUGUGACAUGGUUAUGUAACAUGUAGUGUGACAUGGUUAUGUUACAUAGUUAUGUGACAUGGUUAUGUAACAUGCAGU